GUGGCAACACGGAAAUGGACGCAUCACGCGUCAGAGGUUAGUUCGUUCAGUCAUAAGUUAACUCAUCCUACUCUUCUCGGCGUCUCUAUAAAAUCCUCUUCUAGUUUUCUCAUAGGAAAAACACAACACAAUACACAGAAACAGAGUUUUGAUUGGUUAGCUAGGAAAAGAGAGAAAACAAAAGCUUUGGAAAAUGGAUUUGCCACGUCCUUCUUCUGGUCAGGAUCAAACAGAGGAUCCGACCCAGAUUCACCAUCCAGAGGAAGAAGAGCAUCACGAGAGUCGAGCAUCUAGAAUGUUGGGGAAAGUAAAGGCAAAAGCUAAGAAGCUCAAGAACAGGCUUACUAAUCAUGGCACUGAUGGCAACGAGCAAGACCACGAUGUGGUGGAUGAAGAAGAAGAAGAUGAUGAAUCUGACGAGGCAGAGUCAGAGAAGCAUGUCGCACCAGUAAAUGAAGUUCCCAAUGUGAGAGACUAUAAAACGAGCCAACCUGAAUCUUUAACUCAUCCCGGAGAAACAAAUCUUCCGGCGCCGGAGGAGAUCGUUCCUUCAAAGACGAAGGAUUCAACUGAUUACACCGGAAUCAUCCCCGAACCAUCACGAGAUCCUGCUUACGAACAUGAGGCCCCGUCUUAUCCUGUAAAAACAUCAGAUGUGACUCAUCACGAGCCACUGAACACUCCCGUCUCUCUGCUCUCUGAAACAGAGGACGUGACAACUCCUGGUGAAGAUGGGUUGCUCGGUGGUCAACGAGAAGUCAACACCGAUAUGCCCAAAAGAUUCGAGGACGAUCUGAGUGGUGAAUCUGAUUAUCAGUCCAACACCCAACAAGUUAAUGUAGGGAGUGGGGAAGCUGGAGAAGAUUAUCAUAAGAAGUCAGGACUAGGAACUGAGCUGGCGUCCGAAUCAGAAACAGAGCUCGGUAAAGAUCUCCCGACAAGAAGCUUCGAAUCUGAAACCGUUUUUGACGGGAAACCAGAAACUAAGCCGAAGGGACAUGAAUUUGAACAGACGAUCGGAUCUGGAAUCGGAGAGGAUAACGGCGCUGGAAAAGAAGGAACUGAGCGGAGGGAAGAUUUUUUGGGGAAAGGCUAUGAGUUUGAUCAGGAGAUUGAAUCUACAUUCGGCAAAGAUUCACCCACCAGGCUUCCAGGAGACGAAAAUUUUCCGACAAGAAGUGAUGAUAUGGAAGUCGAGAUUGGGUCGGGAAGAGGCUUGCCGACAGAAACUGAUGAUGAUCACUUCUCACCAGAAUUUUCUGGUCCGAAAGAGAGAGAUGAUUUCGAUUCGCAGGCUGAGCAGACAAGGUACGAGGCGGCAGAGGUAAAACCCACCACCUACUCAGAGAUGAUUGGUUCAAGUACAGGUUACUCCAGCGGGCAACACGAGAGUCCCGUGAGUGUCGAGACAGUUGCUGAUAAGUUGACUACUGAGGACGAAAAUGUCAAAGAAACUGCAUCGCCUGUGACGGCGAAACUGCCUUUCUCUGGCGAUGGGAGUGAGGUGGAUGAGACAGAACAAGGGGAAGACAAAUUUGUGGCGAGUAGAGAUCAUCUGGAGGAGAAGCUGACACCUGAAGAAGAAGACAAAGCGUUUUCUGAUAUGGUCGCGGAGAAACUUAAUCUUGGAGAAGAGAAGCAGGCAAAGAUAAAGGAGGAAGUAGCCGAGGAGAAGAUCCCUUCCGACAAGUUACCGGAGGAGAUAGAAGGAGGUGAGGCGGUUCAAGAGGAAGGGAAAGGAGGAAUAGUGGGGACGAUUAAAGGGGUGUACAACUAUUGGCUCGGUGGUACGGAGGAGGUGAAGCCGAAAUCUCCAAAUUCAGUUGAAGAGUCAUCACAACCACUUAGCUCCUCCUUUGGGACUAAAGGAUUUUCGGAUUCCGGUGAAAGCGGGUUGGGAGAGGCAGGCAGUACUGCCGGAGCUGUGGCAGUGCAGAAACAACUUUGAGAAUCUGGGAGCUGAGAUUUGGGGUUUGCUAGUACUAAAUGAUGUUUGUGUUGGUGUCUUUGUGUUGUCACUUGGAUGUAUUUUGAUAUGAUGUAAUCCUUAUUUGUGUGUUAAAAGGAUUAAAUAUAUGCUUGGAAUAAAUUCUUCCUUA